CGUUAUUUCGCUUUCUUUUUUGAAACCGUAUUUUGGAGGUUUUAUUUGAAGGAAAACAAUGAUCAUGAGAUAAUAUUUAGAAUUUUGUAAAAUCUUAUUUAUUUACAGGUGUGUUAACAUGGGAUGUGGAUCAAGCACUCAUCAUCUAGUUACUGUUAAUAACGGCAAUGAGGCUGCUAGUGAUCAUCACAAUAAUUUGAACAAUACUGCGGUUAGUUUCGGAGAGAAUAGUUUACAGGGCCAUAGUAAUUCAAUUCAGUCACAAGGAAACAGAACUGUCGAAAUUGAAUUAAAGUCAGCAUCAGGAGAUAUUAAUAAAGCUAAAACUGAAAAGGAGGACAAUAAAGGCUUUGUUUCUGCUAUAGAUACAUCCAGUAAAAAUGCCACCAAAGCUAGCAGUACUGGGAAGGAUUUGGAGGAAUCACAUGAGGUAUCUAGUCACGCGAGUGAUAACAGUGAGAAAAAAGUUGCUAAUGAUGGAGCAGUCCAGAAAGACUCAGAUAUUUGCAGAGAUUUGAACAUGUCAGCAUUGCAUACAACUUCAAAUGACACUGCAGUUUCAAUGUCUUCCAGCCAUAGACCUAAUGAGAGUGAUAUCUACAGUGUCAGUGAUAACCAUGUGGAGAAAGCAUGUCCGACGGACGGUGCAAAUAAUACAGCCAGGGUUGAAAAUGAAAGAAAAGAUUUAGUUAUAGAUGAAGAUGGGAAGAAUCUCUCAGGCAGAGUGGAAAUCGCCUUUCAAGAUAAAACAGAGACAAUAUUUUUCACUCAUGAAUUGGGGGAGAAAGAAAAUCACAAUUCUGUGAGUAAAGACCCUGAAGAGAAAGAACUUAUCAAUGAGGACAAUAAGUCAAACACUUUAGAAAGGAAAAGGAUAUCAAGCACUCAGAAUCAAAGUGAAAAUUUAGUGACCAAGAAUGAUGUGAAUGAAUUGGGCUUGGAUGAGCAUGAAACAAAUCUGCACAAACAGAUGGAAACUGGCUCUGCAGAGUUGACUAUGGUGAUGUCAAUCCUACAGAAAUGUGGAGAGGAAAAUACAGAUACCUGUAUCAUUGGUGAAAACUCUUCUGAAAUAUCAGCUGUUCAAAAUGAUAAAAUGACAGCAGACCUUGUUAGAGUUUCAGAUCACCCUACAUCGAGUACUUCUUUGAAUGUUGGACUUCAAACAUCCACAGAUACUAACAGUAAUUCUACUUGUAAAACUCUACCUCCUCCUCCUGUUGAUUCUAACCAGGAAUUUAUUGGUGUUAAAGAUGAAGUUGUUCUGCCAGCUGUUGAUAACCAGUUAGACAAAAUUGUAACUCAUGUUGAAGUGGAGUGGGAUAAAAGUAUGGUAAUAAGUGAGAACUCUUCUCUGUCUUUGGGAGAAACAUCACCAGAGAGCACUCAUGAAACUGUCAUUAAACACAUGUCUUUGGAGUCAGACGUGGGAAGUCACUUGCAAAACACAUCGUCUGGAUCUGUUUGUGGCCAUACUAAGUUGGUAAAACAGUUCUCUGCUGAGAAAGAAGGAAAUAUUUUGAUGUCAAGGUUUGAUGGAGAUGAGGAAAAAAACAUAGUUCAGUUGGUUAAAUCAUCAAGGGAGAAUUUGGAACCAGGAAAUAAAAAAGAAAUUUUGACAGACAAUGUGACUAGUCAGAAAAUCCCACAGUUAUCAAGCAACCCACAUGUAGAGGAAGUACCAACAUACAGAGAUAUUAAUGCAGAAAACAGGCUUAUUUUAGCACUGAGGCUCUCUUGUAAAUUAUCCCCUGGGAAUCUUGUUAAAGAUCUUGAUACUGCAAGUGUAAUGUCUCUUCAUUUGAUGCGCUCUCUAUCACCAGGAGAAGUUAGUGUUACCAAGUUAUUACAGAAACUUCCUAACUUGUCUGAACUUGACUUGUCGGGAAAUCUACUUGGACCUCAAGGAUUCCGUGUUAUCUGUUUGGCUCUCUGCAGGAAUAAAACAUUGAUGACUCUCAAUUUGGCAAAUAAUUUGGCAGACACUGACAGUUCUGUAAGUAUUGCACACAACUCAACGUGGUAAAAGUAUAUAGCCAUAGGGAUGCAUGGAGGGAGGUUGGAUCCUGGUGUCCUGGGCACUGAAACCAGUGAUUUAUAAGCUUAAUCUACAUGGCUGGGGUGCAAACGAGAGCCAUGAGUGCUGCCUAAGAGUCUGCCAGAGUCAUUUGCCAACCCCCAUGUUAAAUAACAGUGCAGCCUAUGGUAUAAAAUUGCAAAACCCUUGGGUAGGCACUUUCUUUCUUCUUGGACAUCCCAGUCUUCACUCGUGUGCAUAACGUUUUUCGUGUCUGCUUCCCAGAAAUGGUGGCCACUUGGUUCUAGGUUAGAAAAAUAGGAAAUCCUAUGGUGUUAACAUUCAAGUGAAACCUUUUUGGUAGAACUUCUGCAUAGUGCUACUUAUUUCUUAGGAUUUUACAAAAUAAAGUUUGGAAUUUUGGUGCCUUUUUUCCACUUCAGCCCCUAUUCAGAGUGAAAAGGUUAAAGAGUUAUGUCAGCAGAUUUUGUAUUGUAGUAUGUUAACACUCAUAGUUAGCCAUAUUACAACUAUUCGAAUUAUCAUUUGUUGCCCCUAUUCAUUUCCUACAGAAGUAGUAUGGAGAAGUUGAUAAAAUAUCAAGAAAAUGCAUCUUGUGUGAUCCUGUCUUCUCAUGACCACUCUGUUUUACAAAGCAUUGAAAUUACAAGGAGAAAUUUGAUUCUCCGGAUCACUCUUAGGGCUUAAGGGGUUAAAGCGGGCACUAGGGACCUCCAGUUGGUGUCCUCAUUAGUAAGAGUCUGCAAUAGCGGGAGUCUAUUUCAGUCAAACGACUAUAAUUUAUUUUUGCCUGGGAUUGAGCUGCUGUCCAUAUUAUCAGGGUAUCCGUUAUAGCAGAGUGUCCGCAAAGGAAGAGUUGACUGUAGUUGAGUAUCAAUGUUAAUUUUUAGUCCCUUUUCUGCCAAAAUGGUUUCAAUACAGGAAUGCAUAGGGAUCAUGUUAUCAAGUAACUGUUGCUUAGAGAGUCUGGAUGUUUCUGGAAAUGCUCUCGGAAAUGACUAUUUCUCACGCUGUGUUGGACCAGCACUGAUGAAAAACAAGUCUUUGAAGACUUUGAAGUUUUCCAGUUGUGGCUCAACUGAUGCUUCUGCUAUUCUUGAAGCUCUGUGUGAGGGAAAUGCAAGAAUUGCAGUACUUGAUGCCAGUAAUAAUCACUUUGGAGCUGCAUUUGGUGAUGGUUUGUCAAGAAUCUUGCAGGUUAUUGUAAACAAAUUAUUUUUAAGUCAGUCAUCAUUAAUCUAUGCUUAAACCUUAAUGAUUUCUCAUCCGUGCAGAUCAAAGUGUACUACUAAAAUAUCUACAGCAACUGUAGCAAAAGUUGAGUGCCUAUUCAAAAUAACCCAAUGAUUUGUCUUCAAAACCAUCACAACAGUCUAAACUCUAAAGUUAACCUUGUUGUAUUUUAUGUACCUUAAUCCUUCUAACCUAAAUAUCGUUCAUGUUGUAGUUUAGCAGUUUAUAUGUAUUAAUGUCUGCAGAUUAGUAGAAACUGGUGGCUGUAAGUUGAAUUUUCAAAAUGAAUGUAUGAAUUGUAUUAACCUUUACAGAAGGAGGGGUGCUGUUUACAGCAUCUUGAUGUUCAUGGAACUAAUUUAGGGGAAGAAGGAAUGGCUUCUUUGUUAGCAGGAAUACAACACAACGGCUCUCUUGUCAGUUUAAAUGUUGCAGGAAACAAGGUAAAUUUGGGUUCUCUAAAAAUGCUCAGAUUAGUGACUAGCCUGUCAUUAAAUUUUCUGUCCCAAAGAGGGAGGGGGGUCUAAUUUAAAUAGGGUGCUUAUUGAUAUUUCUGUAUCAAUCAGGGUUCGUCUGUAUGUUGAAAACUUAAGGUGAAGACACUUUAAUUUGGGGAGUUUGAUUUCAAGGCCUUCAAAGUACUUGAAAUUUUGGCCUAAUAAAGUGUACAUUCAACAGUCUGAUGCCUGUGAUGCCUUUAAAUGCUUAUUCACACAACAAUGUUUGUGCUCAUCCUAGCAUUUACGGUCAAUUUGUUUACUGUCGAUAAAGAUAUCGUGUACAUAAUUAUAGUUGAGUCUUCAUGCCUUUCAUUUUCAAAUUUAAUUUCAGGUUUCUGGUCUUUCGUUUUUAAUGGACUUUUUGUUUAGCUGCAUUUUCCAUUCCAAUCUAGAGGAGCUGGUCCUUAAUGGCACCAAAGUUACUGAUCAGCAUGAUGAGUGGAAACCAUUAGGUCUGUCCAGCUUUGUGAGUGCUGUUAGCUCAUCUUUGUAGUAACUUAUCUUUAUAGCGUUGUCUUAAAGUUAGGUAUACAUAAUCAUUGAUCAAGGAAUUGAAAGUCAUUCCAUUUUUUUGUCUUGCAUAACUAGCAAAGGGACCCUAGGAAGUUAAAUUGUGUAGAAAGGAGCAUUAUACAUUUGCGAUGUUUUUAUCGUUUUAUUUUGACGUCUAAUAUAGAUUCCCCUUCGAUGGAAGGUAACUCCAGUGUUACCAAGUUACUUCUGUCUGGCUGUUCGCUGACUAACAAGGCAUUGCAAACUUUAUCAGAGAAGAUUCCAGGAAAACUCAAACGACUCUGUGACUUGGAUCUCUCCAGCAAUGACCAACUAUCUUCCGAGUGUCUAUCGAGUAUUUGCACCUUGAUAUCUCUCGCAGGUCGGUGUUUCUUAGCAAUCGUUUUUGCUGCUUUAGAUAAAUUAAUUUGAGGGAUCUUUAUCGACCAUACAAGCUCUGAAAAGGUCGGGUUAUAAAAUGGAAGUGUAGACUUCUUAACUACCCGACCAAAAAAUUAACGUAAACGUUGUGAUUCAAUUUUAUUCUUUGUUUAAAUUUUCUCUUCUUUUGGUUUUUGGUAUGGUAAUAUACGAUAAUGAUUCUUAAACAAAAGAAAGUGAAACUUUAAACCAAGAAUAGAAUUGAACCACAACAUACAGAGCAACUCAGGUCAGCCGUACGUAUCUGCAGGUAUGUACAAUAAACUGUGAUACCAAAAUUAUGUGUAAUCACUUCACCCAACAGUAAUGCCUGCAUGGAUCCAACCCCCCCCGCCCCAAACCAUACCGCCACACCCCUGUCAAAAAGCUGUUACCAACUGAAGAUCCUCUUAAUCGAGCAUAAUUUUAAACAAAAAACACACACAUUUUUACAUUUUUUUUCAAACGGAUAAACUCGUCUUAGCAAAUGAACUGUUGAGGACUUCAAGUUUGACUAACAUGGAGGACGCUUGAUAGAGCUACCUGAAAGUUAAAUUCAUGGAGGAAACGCUGAAGCUCGCCGGGAAAGGAGGACAAUAAAGGCCCCAAAAGCUUUCAAUGUGGUCAUUAACGACACCUAUUUAUUCAUUUAAUGUGCCGGGUAUAUAAUUCUAAUUAUUGAUUUACAGGUCCAAGUCAUUUAUCUACGUUAGACUUCUCAUUGAACAGUGCUGAUGGUAUAGCUGUGGACAUGGAAAAGCUACCAGAACUUAAAAAUUUGAAAAGUUUGUUGCUAAAGAAAUGCAGAAUAACCCCGCCGAGUUUGGUGGAUCUUUCUAAGUUCAUCGCCUUGGGAUCUCCAGAUUCUUUGCAAAUAUCGGCCUUGACUUUGGAUGGAAUCAAACUUUCUGGUACUGACUCCUUGAGGAGCAUUCUUGGAUUGUCGGCAGAUACAUUUUUACCUACAAUUCCCUGCGGAAGUCUUGAGUUGCUGUCUCUUACUGGCUGUGGAUUAAAUGACAGAGAUGUCAAACCAUUGAUGUGUGCUAUCGCCGCCGGAAAUGGAGUGCUCAUUAAAGAAGUAAGACUCUCUGCCAACCGGCUCACAGAUACAGCAGUAGACUACUUGAUAGAUCAGUCACCUGGAACGACUCUUUCUCUUCAAACGCUUGAUCUUUCUAUAAACAAGGUCUGUUCUUCUAAGUUUUUUCCUAUAUACAGGCUAAGGGGGUGGAAGGUUUCACCCUUAUAAACUCGAAAUAAAAUUUGAGUUUGAUCCGUGGUAAGAGUAACUCACAGAUGAUGAUUUUUCUCCCAUGAAGGUUUUCAAGGACGACUCUGGCCCACCGAUACUGUUAAAGUGCAUAUUAAGAGUAAAAGAAGAGAAACUCUUUUUGUGAAAGGAUACUGAUUGGAGCUGUGCAAGGCAUAACCUUUCUUAUUAAUUAACCUAGUGGGCAAUUUUUUUAAAAAUCUAAAAUCAAACGUCAAACUUAUUUGUUUGAGUGUGUGUUUGUUUUGCCAAUAAACUGACACGAGGAAGUUCGAUUCUUUCCACUGUGGCAUCCAAGACCGGGACAACAGAAACACUAUUAUGGGAUCCGCCUUUAACGUGAGGUCAGGGAGUCAACCAGAUUGAAAAGCCUUGUUUUUAUAGUGCUGUUUGCAUACCAUCUACGCUGUUACUCGAGAAUAUGAUUGCUUUAUUUUAUUAGAUCCGAAAUGGUGGAGCCGAGAAACUAGCUGGAGCCAUCUCAUCCAACAAACUAAGAAACAUGAAGAGUUUAUCACUGGCAGACAACUGUAUUGGAAAAGCUGGAAUUCUGGCUUUGGUUGGCAUUAUCUGUCCCGCUUCACAGCUGAGAAUACUGAAUCUCAGAAACCAACAGCAGCCUUUAGGGGAGGAAGACAUGGAUGAGAUAAUGGAACAAGUUGCCAUGACUUUAGGUACAUGUUUGCACAAGUAAGGCGAAUUAAAUUUGCUCUUUAGCUGACACUGACACAAAUUCAUAUCGGUAAGCUGUGUGGUUAUUCCACUUAGUGGGAGAGUAUCUCCACCAAUACCUUAGAAACGGCGACAACUAUAUAUUACAUGGAUGUAACAAAAAAGGUUGACACAGGAACCCAGUGAAAAAUAACUACGUUCUUGAAAACCGAGACUAGUGUGCUUUUUAGAACGAGGGGUGGUCACAAAAACAUGUUUUGCGCGGUCGUUCGGCUCAAGCCUUGUUCAACAUGUCUAAAAACAACUCACGUAACACACUACACGAAAAGGUUGUAUUUGAAUGGUGUCAGUAAAGAAUUUCGCGCUCAGACUUGAAAGUUACAACAAUUUCAUAGCUUCUGUGACUCACUUUGGAAAAGAGUGAUAGCCUAGGCCGGGUCGUUCAGAGCUGCGGUAAGAUAACUUUUGUGCGAAAUUUGAAUUCAGAUGUGAAAGCUGAAAAGAAAGUUCAAGAAAGAAAAUUAUCUGAGAAAAUACCUUUGAACACUAGAGGAAAAGAAACCCGGAUUAUAGGUUAAACCUGGGUUAAAUUUUACUGUGACACUCACAAAACCGUGAACACCAGAAAUAUUUGUGGGAUGGUAUUGUGUUGCGAGAAAUAAGCCAAUAAGGCGCGAGAUAACUAAACCGCAAACAGCAACGGUAACUAACUGGUGGUUUUGAGGUUUGCUUGCGUAUCCUGAACUUUAUUGUGAUUGGGCAGUACACAAUCAACAUUCCUGAUAUUUUUCAGGUGUUCAUUGUUUUCUGAGUUUGACAGUAACCUGCGGUUAAUCUUGUCGUUUUAAUAAGCAGCUUGUUGGAUUAGGAUAUAUCUGUGUAAUAUAUUCGUAUUUUGGUUGCUCCAGAUCAAUGAAGAAACAGUAAAACAAACACCAGGAUAUAUUUCAACUCUGUCUUGACUUCCGCGUUUUGAAAAUACUUUGUAUAGCAGUGUGAGUUCCCUGAUCUUGGCUUUCACGUUCCCCCAGCAAUUCCGCUAGUGUAUUAACUGGCACGUUCGGCUCAGGCAACGACUCUUUUUCAAAGUGAGCUAUAGCGGCUGUGGCAGUGAAAGGGUUAAUGGACAGUUCAGACAUAACAUGUAUUGUGUCCACCAAUUUGCAGGAUUUGAUUUGCAAAACAGUGAAGGAUCCGCACCAGACUGUAGUCAUCUUCCAUCAAACCUGUCAAUCAACCUGACGGGACUUGGUGGUGAACCAGGUGAACUGGGACCGAACCUAGACAGUCAGGCUAUAUUGACAGAUUACAGCUCAAAGCACCGCAGAACCUUAACACUGCAAGACGCGCUCAAAAUGUCAGCGGUAUUGACCCACCCUAAAUUGGACUCUACAGAGAUGAGUCAAAGAGAUUGGAACCUAGUUAUCAGCGCCGACAAAGACGCACCUGCCUGGCUGCAGCUUGCGUCACAGAGAGAAUGCGCAGUUUAUGUCAGUAACCUUCCACUGAGUGUAACUGCCGAGAAGCUGGAAGGGUUGUUAGAUAAUGAUGCUGACUGUAAUGUCAAGGAAGUGUACCUACUUAAGGUUGGUAUUCACGGCUACGCGUUUGGGGUGGGUUUAGCUUUCGUUUGAUUUAUUUGGAAGUGCGUUCGACGCUUUCCACUGAGUCACUCAGUCUAUAAGUCAGUCACUGUCAGUUAUUCAGACCCCCCAGACUUGGUACAUCAAGAUGUCAAAAAAAAAAAUGCUGAAAUAACCUUUUUUAUUGUACAUACCGGCUCCCUCUGAAGAAGAGCUAGGAAUGGUGAAAGUUGGCACUUUUCGUUCAUAAAUACUAAACCAUUUGAAGCUGUCAAAUAAUGAGUCAAUCUCAGUCAUGCCAAGCCAGUAGUCGGGUAGGCAGGCUGUUGGUGAGUCCGAUCUUCAGUCAGUCAAGUCAGUCGACCAAUCAGUCGGUCAGACAGAGCAGGUCAGACAAACAGUCAGUCAUUCAAAGUACUCAGUGAGACGGACAGUAAGUCAGUCAGUCAGUCAGACAAACAUUAUGUUAGUUCGACAGUCAGCAGUUCAGUCAGUCAGGCAGUCGGUCAGUCAUAUAGUCGGGUUGUCAAAUAUCAAAUCAAAUCAAAUAUCCAGUAAUGCAGUGAAGCAAUCAGUCAGUCUUUAGUGAAGUCUAUCGUCGUGUCAAUCGGUUAGUCAACCUUCCAGUCAUCCAGCCAAUCAAUUAGCCUAAUAGUCUGAUAUUCAGUGGUCAGUUUUCUGUGUACCUUUCCGUUGCAAUUUUGAUUCAUAUACGGAAACUCACUACAAAUAAUAUGGUAUCUGAAGUUGUUGGCGUAUUUAAUUUAUUCUGUAAUCUCGUUUCUGGCUCUUUAGGAUCAAGUUUUAAGAAAGCCAAAUGGUUUGGCUUGGGUCCUUUUUACGGACAUCGCUUCAGUGCGAAGAGCUGUUGAUUACUACAACUCUGGUCAGGCUGUCAUGUAUGGAACACCAUUUGUCAUUUCCACCAUACAUGUUCAUAUUCUAGCCGCUGGCUCUGAAGAAAAUGUAAAGAAUAAAGCAAUGUAAGUGAUUUUAAUGGUCAUAUUUUUUCAGGUCCUUCGAUGUAUUAUUAUUAUUAUCAUCAUCAUCUUCAUCAUCAUCAUCAUCAUCAUCAUCAUCAUCAUCAUCAUCAUCAUCACCACCACCAUCAUCAUCAUCAUCAUCAUCAUCAUCAUCAUCACCAUCACCAUCAUCAUCAUCAUCAUCAUCAUCAUCAUCAUCAUCACCAUCACCAUCAUCAUCAUCAUCACCAUCAUCAUCACCAUCAUCAUCAUCAUCAUCAUCAUCAUCACCAUCAUCAUCAUCAUCAUCAUCAUCAUCACCACCACCACCACCACCACCAUCAUCAUCAUCAUCAUCAUCAUCAUCAUCAUCAUCAUCAUCAUCAUCACCAUCAUCAUCAUCAUCAUCAUCAUCAUCAUCAUCAUCAUCAUCAUUCUUAGCAGCAGUAACCAAAGAUUAGGGAGUUGCGGGCGAAAAAGUAGGUUUAGCUUAAAGGUGUGAUCGAUGUUGAGAACCGCUUUCAUAAUUGUGUACGUGAAUCGAAGAAAGCCCUUUUAGUUUCAGUGUCAACAAAAGACCUCAAAAGGAAUUACGGCGGAUCAUGAACGUUGAAAAUGUAUUGAACAACACAGUAAACAAGACUCGUAUUGAAUUCAACGAUUUAUUUAGAGUGGCUUAGAUACAAUUAGCCUGCGGACGGUGAUAAGCGAGGAGAGAAGGCUGUAUUCGCAGGCAAAGGUACAAUAAAAAUAGUAAUGCGAUACACAAACAACGAUCAGCGUGGAAUGUAUACAGUCAUGACUCCGUGAAGGAUUAUUAUUCAAUCGGAUAUCCAAACCAAAGGUCAUCGAAAUGUUAUAGAAAAUCACGAAAAGACUUACUGAAGCUUUCAGAUGACAAGCAAUGUAACAUGCUUAGAAACGUAUAGAAAUUUAUAACAAAGUUCAGAUAUAACGCGCCCUCUGAUUGGUUGAAAAAACAUGGUUUUUGAGAGUAUAAAACACGGAGCUAAAGCUGUCACUCCAUCUGAAGAUCACACCAUGCCGCGGUGGUUUUCAAGACCAAAGUUUCACAAAUGGAAGGGAAAAGUUCAAAUGAAUGCUCAGUUUUCUUCUUGUGGACAAGGAAAGCUUUUGGUUACGAAUCGUCCUGCAAGGAAUUCAAUGAUGUUUUCUUCACGGGAGAGCGUAAAAUGUCCUGUUUGAAAUUCAUUCUAAGGCAGCGAAAUUUCCAUGUACAUUUUUAAGUCUAUGAUCAAGAACAUUACGUCUUUAAAAGGGAAUUUAUGUAUGUAUAAAUGUUUCACAAACGUUUUAUGAAUUUUGUCGUCGACACUAAAGAAAAAAAACAAAAUACAACCCGAUUUGAGAUGGAUUUUGUGUUAGAUUUCGCUAUGUGCUCAUCCGAUUUUACUUGCUUUUAGAUUAACUUCUUAGCUUUGAAUAAAAAGUUUUAAAAAAUUCAUUCAUGGCAUUAGCUCAAAAUACGAUCGCAAGACUAGAGCAUAACUUAUGCGAAGACGUGGGCGAAUUUUAAAGAAUUUUUACUUACAGGUAUAGUUUUUAAACACUCUUCGUUACGAAGCUGAAGCAGUUUGUUUUCGAACUGUCAUGUUAAUGACGUCCUGGUUCUAAUUGGCCGCAAUUCGGCCGGUUUUGAAAGCACUUUUUACCUUUAGAAACUGAUUUUUCGACGUAAAAAGCACAUUUCUGCUGCAUUCAUUCACAAAACGUCUCGCUCGUUUCACUUUGUGAAUAGUGAUAGGGUUGAUAUUUUGACUGCCUUUGCCUUAUUCAACCAAUCAAAUCAUUUGCCCAUUCUAAAAAGGAUCGUGAUUGGCUAAUUAAGCGUGUUUUAUGAGAGUGUAGAACGUGCUGAGGACAAUCCGGUUCGCUUUGAAAAUUAAGCUGGUUUUGAAAAUUAGAAAGCGAUGCGUGGGCAAUUUAACGGAUUCUUUAUCAUAAAACAAAUAAGGAAGGCUUGACUGUGCUCUGUUCUAUUGUAAAGAACUAAGGAAGUGGCUAUAGUACUCAUGAAGCAGCCAGAGAAAAGAGGUCGUUUCCCCCCUACGCUUCCUGCGUGCUUCACAACAGAACAGAACACAGUCAAGGCUUCUUUAUUUGUUAAAUAAAAACCAUGCACUGUAGCGUAACCUGGGUUAGAUUAAUUGCAAUACUUGUAUCUUACCGAAGACUCGUCCUGCACUAAGUUGAGAUCAAGCUCUACUUUCAUUUACCUUGGUAAAUAAGUUUCCAGCCGGUAAGGUUAAUCGAAAAGCCUUGCAUUUAGUACAUAACGUAUAUACCUGAAUUUAGUACGUGCAUUUUCGAAUCGAACAAAUAUAGUUACAUUCCUUGCAUUUGCAUUCACGCGAUAAUCGUGACAUCAGGUGGACCUUAAACUCAACACCAAGGCCUUCUCGGCCACAUACCAUACAUAUUAGACUGAUUUAGCAUCGGGACCCAGCCUUCAUUUAGGAUGGCGCGCCCGGUCAAAGGGCUCGGUAACAAGUUAAAUUCCCGCGUCCUGAGAGUGUGGCGUCGCGUUGCGAACGUGGAAUUGAGUAUUUUGGCGUCUUGUCGAGAACGGCGAGUUCAGCAAUGGCAAAUGCACCGAAAAAGUGAGUGUUAUAAUUGAUUUGUGUUAUAAAACAGAUGUUCAGCUCUUUGAAAUGUUAUUUCAUUACCUUUUGGCAUUGUGUUUCAACUUUUCGACUUUGCAUUCUAGUUCUUUAAGGAGAAUUGAUUCCAUUCUCUGGCUAUUUGAAGAAGCAGUAUAGAGCCCGGUUUUGCUAAAUCAAAUAAGCCCCCUUUCAAAUAAGCCUUCACUCUCAAUUAGCCCCACUCCCCUCAAACGUGCUCGAAAUAUAUAAUCCCCCUUGGUCUUAACAGAUGAUUUACAGUAGUUUCAAAUACUUUUUCUUGGCAUUUAUUGUCACCAAUGUUUAUGAUGUUAUGAGCGAAUAAAAGUUUAAAUAUUUGGAAUGGGUACUAUUUGUAUAUUUUCAAAACUUAAUAAAUAUAUCAAUACAAUUACUAGUAAAGUUGUUGUCUCUAAGUGUUCUAAGUCGCCGAUUGUCUGGACAGAAACUGCUGCACUUGAAUGAUUUCCCAAGCAAGGGGUAGGAAAACAACACUGAUUCCAAAUUCAAAACAUCCUUAAAGUUAAAAUACGUUAGCUUUAACUUCAAUGCAUGGACACGUUUGUAGCCGUUGUAAACUUCACUCUGCUUCUUCUUGGGUUGAGCUAUCUUGCACAAGGUACCGUCCACGAAGCCAAAUCAAUUUGCUAGUGGUGCUCCACGGGAAUGGAUACUUUGUGCAUACUGUUCUAUAGCUCGUGGACUUUGAAAAGGUCGGUUCCAAGAGUUUAAACGGUGUUAGUGUUCCGUCCGGUAAGCAAAGGCUAAUACGUGAUAAACAAUAAGGCAUAACUCCGUUGGAUUUCUUCCAAACCUUAGCGCCAUAUGACUGUAUCUACAGGGAAAAGAAAGCCUUUUUAGCAAAAUGCAAAGACCUUCCAUACCAUAGCAGACCGUCCUCUGCCAGCAAACAAAUCUAUCGGGAAAUUUUAAUGUGCGGAGCAAUACACCAAGGUCGGAUUUGUCAAAUCUUCACUCGAUUUUACAUUACUUUACAUCCCAACCAUCCAAGUCCAAGUUGUCAUACUCCCGAUGCGGAAAUAUUUCUCUUGGAUAGUUUUCUUCAUAAAGAACCGUAAAUUCCAUGUCAUCCAUGAUAUCUUCGAAAUAAGAAACCAGUAAAACGUCUCGAUCACUUUGAAGGUCACAGGCUGUAGCCAUGUUUACAAUUAUGCGUCCGCGGAAGUUCGCGUCCGCGUUUUGUAUUUUGCGCUAAAUCCAUUGCCUGCGUCGCAGACACUCUAAACCUAAACCUUCUGUAUAGACAGACUAUACAAAUGGUUUAGACGAGUGCGUGGGCCAGCUGCAACGUAGGCUAUAAAUCCAGAGUAUCAGGUGACGUCGGGUCCAAUACUCCCGUCCUUGAUAACGGCCAAACAACAACGCAUCCUCAUGUUAGUCGUUGCGUCCUGGUGCUAAAUCAGUCUUAGUACGCAGAACACGGGCAUCCCAAGAAUGUGGACUGGAUUUGAAAAAACCUCCCUAUACCGUCUAUACCAUAUUUUGCCGUGCAUAUAGCUUUCUGGGUCAGUCAACUCCUCUAAAUUUCUUUUUGCAGAAAUCGAGCAUGAACUAGUCUGACCGCACUCAUUUGUUCUAGUUUAGCCUUUGAAAAGAAGAGGUAGUGAAUUGUUCCUAAUUUCAGUUGCUUCAUGUUGUCCUCAUAAUCUUUUUAUGUCAGGAAAGAGAUGGACCAAAGAGCAGAAGAUCGUAAGGCGGAUCGAACUGCGAAUGCGGAACUAGUUCAAUCAAAUUACAAAGAAAGUCUAGCACGUCACGAGUAUUCUGCCCAGCAUCCUGCGUACGCAGAUGGCCGUAUAUGGUGA